UUGUUGUGAUUCCGUGCAGCGUCAGGAAUAUGUAGUAUUCGAGUUGUGCAUGGAAAAGUGACAUUCUUGUAUGCAAGCAGGGAUUUGGACUGGGGCCCAUGAUGCGGCAAGUCCGGCAGAGUCCAAGUGAGUUUAAACACCACUUGAUGACAAAGCCUAGUUUCGCAUCUGGGAUGAUGUCAUGCGAUCGAGCUAAGUUAUCAAAUCACGUCGAUCCCAAGCAGAGAAUUACGAUGCAGACUACUAAUCGCCUAUAUAUUACAAAGGACUCAGACCAGCAGAAGUCCAUAUUCCUUCUUUCUUUACGACCAUGAUGAAGAGAACUCGUAGCCCGAGCCCACUUGCCAUGUCAAAGAAAGGCAGGACCACUGACUCUCUCUUUGCACCCAUAAAGAUUGCAACACAAGAAGCUGCAGCUUCCGUUCAGACUCACCCACCGUUCCUGCGACUCCUGGACGCAUUGCGCGAUGUUGUCCAGAAGCCCUCGAAAGGACAAUCGAUAGUUUACUGGAUGAGGAUGGGAGACCUACGCAUUUCCGAUAAUAAAGCUCUCGCCCUCGCAUCAGCUCAGGCAGUUGAAGAUCAAGUCCCGCUUGUAGUCUUGCAUGUCUUGAGCCCCCAGGAUUAUAUCGCGCACGACAGGAGCAAAACAAGGAUCGAUUUUGUUCUUCGUAACCUUUCACGAGUGAAGGACGAGCUUGCAAGAUUAAAUAUUCCCCUUUACACCAUCACGCAUACACCGCGAAAGUCAGUGCCAACUCGUGUCAUCUCGGUCCUGCAGACUCUCCAGUCCACUCGGCUCUUUGCGAACUUCGAAUACGAGGUUGAUGAGCUUCGGCGUGAUACUGAAGUCUGCUCUUUAGCCCAGAACGCGGGAAUCAGGCCUACGUAUGUGCACGAUAGGUGUAUCAUCGAGCCGGGCGUCGUGAAAACGAAGGAUGGGAGGACAUACACGGUCUACUCACCGUAUCAACGAAACUGGAUCAGCAUUCUAAAUUCGAACCUCUCAGAUUAUCUGAAAGAGUCUCCAUCUCCAACAUCCAACCCCUCGACAAUCAGGGAAGAUCAUGUCUUUGGCCCGCUAUUCGAAGUCGAUGUACCUGUGUCGGUGCAUGGCUUCGAACUUGAUCCUGAAGAGGCUGCCAAUAUGGCAAACAUAUGGCCAGCAGGAACAUCUUAUGCCAAAGAGAUGCUCUCUCGGUUCUUGUACACCAAAGCGCGUGCGACGCAGCUUGGAGCUGUUGAUCCUCUAGCUGAUGGAGCCGAGGAUUCCGACAAAAGCAGCCGAGUCCUCUUGUAUGACGAGGCCCGUGACAGAGGGGACAAGGAUACUACAUCGCGGUUGAGCCCCUACCUAUCUGCUGGGGUCAUUUCUGUCAGGGAAUGCGUUCGUCAAACUAUGAAGCUUCUCAGAAUUCAAAAAGUGGAGGCUGGACGGUCAUCGGGCGUAGGUCGCUGGGUGCAGGAACUCGCCUGGCGAGACUUUUACACCAACGUCCUCGCAUACUAUCCACGAGUAUCCAUGGGUAGACCCUUCCAAGAGAGGUUUGCUGACGUCAAGUGGGAAGUUAACGAGGAGCACCUGAAGGCUUGGAAAGAGGGGAAAACUGGCAUCCCUAUCGUCGAUGCUGCGAUGAGGCAGAUAAACACCAUGGGUUGGACUCAUAAUCGUAUGCGCAUGAUUGUCGCUAUGUUCCUGUCGAAGGAUCUUAUGUUGGAUUGGCGGCUAGGAGAGCGCUACUUCAUGGAAAAACUCAUAGAUGGUGAUCUUGCAAGUAACAACGGCGGCUGGCAAUGGAGUGCCUCCACUGGAGUAGACCCAGCACCCUACUUCCGGAUCUUCAAUCCUUAUACGCAGUCCUCCAAGGCAGAUCCAACAGGUGAUUUUAUAAGGACAUUCGUACCAGAGUUGAAAAGUCUCUAUGGAUCUGAUAUCCACAACCCUCCGGCCAAGGUUGCUGAUAAAUUGGGGUAUCCGAAACCCAUCGUCAACCAUGCUGAAGCGAGAGUGAGGGCUAUUAGGAGGUAUAAGACACCUGGUGAAGAGUGACCAGCACGAUUUGCACGUAGCAUCAGGAACAC